GUCACGUGAUGCUUACACUACAGGUAGAUGAGCAGGUGUGUGUGGACACAGGUACUAGGGCCACUGUUAGUUCAAUAUUCAUCUCAACUAACAGGAUUCACUGAUUUGAGAGGGAGAGGUCGGCCAACUGCGCCGUGACAACGAACAAGGGUUGACUGGAGGAUGGCCAACUUCAAGGGACAUGCCCUUCCUGGCAGCUGCUUUCUGCUGUUAGGCCUGUGUUGGUCAGUGAUGUACCCUCUCCGACACUGCUGGAGGAGGCAUCAGCCUAAAGCAAGACAAAAACUGCCCCUGUUCUUUAACAGAAUAGACUUAAUCGAGGGGGCACUCAUGAUUUUCUUUGCCUUUGUGGGCAUCAUGGCAGAGCAGUUUGUGCCUGAUGGGCCCCAUGCCCACCUGUACAACAGAGAGACCCAGUCCUGGGUGAAGCUGAUGAACUGGCAGCACAGCACUAUGUACCUCUUCUUCAGUAUCGCUGGAGUUGUUAAAGUCCUCACUAUGUCACCGCUUCCAGUCCCACUUGGUCUUGACCGCCUUGCUCUCUCCCUGGCUUUUUUUAUUGAAGGGCUCCUGUUUUACUUCCAUGUGCACAUGCGCCCUCCUCUGGAUACCCACAUCCACUCCAUGCUGUUUGUGCCGGUGUUUGGUGGGGCGGCCAUCACCCUGUUGGAGGUGUUCAUGCGAGAUAACAUCGUACUGGAACUGCUCAGGACCAGCAUGACCAUCCUGCAAGGCUCCUGGUUCUUUCAGAUUGGAUUCGUGCUGUACCCAUUAAAUGGAGUACAGUGGGAUCUGCAUGCACACGAUAACACCAUGUUCAUCACCAUGUGCUUCUGCUGGCAUCUGGCUAUGGCCCUGCUGAUCGUUGGCAUCAACUACUGGAUGGGCUGGUGCUGUGUACAACGAUGUUCAGGAAGAGGAAGUGACAUAGAGAUCAUGAUGAGAAAGACAUCUAGCUCCAAAAAGGCUCUGCUAGAGGAGUCAGACGAAGAGUAGACAGACGCAUCAUCAAAUCAAAUCAAAUGUAUUUAUAUAGCCCUUCGUACAUCAGCUGAUAUCUCAAAGUGCUGUACAGAAACCCAGCCUAAAACCCCAAACAGCAAGCAAUGCAGGUGUAGAAGCACGGAAGUGUGUCCAGUAGUAGAUCACUGUUACGGGAUUCUCCACAAUUGUUUGUCUGAAAUUUGAUUAACUGGUUUUAACUGAUUUCAAAUCAAAUCAAAAUUGUAUUAGUCACAUGCGCCAAAUACAACAGUAGACCUUACAGUGAAAUGCUUACUUACGAACCCCAAGAAUGCAGCUUAAAGGGGGGAAAAAAAGAAAAUACAAACAAGAUGUAAAAAAAGAGAAUCAAUAAAACAAUAGCGAGACUUUACACAGGGGCGUACCAGUACAGAGUCAGUGGGGGGAGGCACGGGUUAGUCAAGGUUUGUAACCCUGCUACUUACAUUUACAUUUAAGUCAUUUAGCAGACGCUCUUAUCCAGAGCGACUUACAAAUUGGUGCAUUCACCUUAUGACAUCCAGUGGAACAGCCACUUUACAAUAGCGUAUUUUGUGUGUCAUUUUAUCAAUGAAAUAACGACAUGCCUUGUCGAGUUAAGAUUCAAGCCAAAUUAAUUUGAAAUAAAAUGCUUUACUGGGCCCGGACAAAUGUAAUGUAAUUCAAAGUAUAAAAGCUAAUAACUGUUUUUCAAAACUGAGGAGGUUGCUAGGAGACCAAGGAAAAUAGGUGAGAUGUAAAAGUAUUCCUUGGAGGUGAGAGAAUUUCAACAUUUCUUGUGACACCUGUUGUGUAUUCAUUAGGUUGUGCAAUGGAAAACCAAACAGAACGAAACAGAGAUAGGACCUACCCGAAUUUUUCCAAUAAAGAAAUAUGAUUUCUGUUGCAAUACGUACUCAGUUUGGAGAAAAUGGUUUCUGUUGCGAAACCAAACACUUUGAAAAUGGAAUCUGACUAAUGAAUACACCCGACAUUGUAACACGACAUCGACAAUGUUACCUGCUGGGGUUUCCUCUCCUUUUAAGCCAGUUGAAACAUUUGCAUACUCGUCCUGCCUAUGGCUAUACAGAACGGAGACCUACAGACCUACUGUAGGUUUUCGCACCAGUCCAAGUUGUAACUAGCCUAAUUCAGUUGGUCAACCAGCUAAAUAUUAAAAUCAGAUGCGCUAGGUUAGGGUUGGAGAAUUUAACAGGACAGUAGCUCUCCAGGAACAAGGUUGGAGAGCCCUGCUAUAGAGCAACAAAAACGGAAAACAGAAUGCCUAAUGAUUGUCAGAGAUAAUAUAUUUCCAAUAAAUAUUUUUUUUCAUUCA